AUGACGGCCUUCUCGAUCGUCGAGUCGUUCCGCAGCAGCCUCGCGGAGGAUGUGGACCGGCCCGAGCCCAUUGCGGCCAUCUUUGCGCUGUCGGACCUGAUCGGGCAGUCCAAGGCUGCGACCACGUCAGAGCUUAUGGAGAGCGUAAAGCAGGCGAGUGAGGAGCUCAAGGCGAGCCUGGAGAACCCAGUCCCGGCCACCGCUGGGCUCGAGCUGUUUAUGCGCUUUGUUACUACGAAAAACUGGGCGGGUGGCGACUUUCAGGCGCACAAGAGGAGCCUCCUCGACACGGCGCUGGAGUUUGCGCACAACACGGUGCCGCACUGCCGCGAGCGCAUUACGCACCUGCUGCUGCCGUUUAUCAAGGACGAAUCGGUGAUUUUGACGCACGGACACUCGCGCGUCGUGAUGCAGGCGAUCCUCGCCGCCGUCAAAACGCAUGGCAAGCGCGUGCGGGUCUGUGUGACAGAGAGCCGCCCUACGGGCCAGGGCCUGCGCACAUACGAGCGCCUUCGUGCUGAGGGAAUUCCAUGUACGGUCGUGCUCGACACGGCCGUGGCGUAUGUCAUCGACCGCAUCGAUCUGUGCCUCGUGGGUGCCGAGGCGGUGGCCGAGUCGGGCGGCAUCUUUAAUGCGAUUGGCAGCUACCAGCUGAGCAUCAUUGCCAAGGCGGCCAAGAAGCCCGUGUUUGCGCUCGCAGAGAGCUUCAAGUUCCUCCGCCUCUUCCCCCUAUCUCAGUACGACGUGCCGCAUGCCGCGCGGUGCAUCCCCCUGCCCGCUGUCGACGAGGAUGCCGGCGUGCCGGAGGAUGGGCGCAUGACGCCGGCCAUGGAGGCGCGCAAUCCCCUGAUCGACUAUACCCUGCCUGAACUCAUUACGUUCAUUGUGAGCGAUGUCGGUAUUCUCACGCCGUCCGGCGUCUCGGACGCGCUUUUGGCUGUGUAUGGCGGCAACUAG